AUGAUAAUUGAUUCGGGAUCGAAGUACAAUCUGAUAAGUCAGUCGGAUUGGCGACAAUUGUGUGAGAAAAGGGCAGUGAUGUUUAACUCGCGCGCAGAAUCAGCCAACCAGUUUCGCGCAUAUGCUUCUGAUCAUCUGCUUAAAGUACUACAAGUUUUUGAAGCCCCGAUUUCGGUGCUAAAAGACCCUGAACUGAUUGCUACUUUUUACGUCAUUGAAAAUAGUAGACAAUCGCUGUUGGGACGUGACACAGCAACCAAACUCAAGGUUCUAAGACUGGGCUUAGACGUACAUCGAGUUGAAAAAGCCGAGCCUUUUCCCAAAUGGCAUAAUGUGUCGGUCAAGCUGUCCAUUGACAAGUCAAUAGUCCCAGUGAAGCAACCAAUGAGACGAGUGCCAACAGCGUUGGAAAGUAAAAUCACCGAUAAAUUGGAGGAAGCCUUAAGUUUGGAUAUCAUCGAACCAGUAUUGGGCCCGAGCGCUUGGAUAUCGCCAAUUGUGAUUGCAUUUAAGGACGACGGGGAUAUCCGGGUAUGUCUGGACAUGAGACGCGCAAACAAAGCAAUACAACGAGAGAACUACCCGUUGCCAACGUUCGAAACGUUUAUGACCAAGCUGAAAGGUGCCAAAUAUUUUUCGCGACUCGAUCUAAAAAGCGCUUACCAUCAACUGGAGCUGACCGAAUCCAGCCGAGAAAUUACUACCUUCAUAACACACCGCGGCCUAUUUCGAUAUAAGCGGCUGAUGUUUGGCGUGAACUCAGCUCCAGAAAUAUUUCAACGGCUAAUGGAGGAAAUGUUGGCUCCUUGUCAGAAUUCUUUAAAUUACAUCGAUGACGUGAUAAUAUUUGGCAGCAAUAUUGAGGAACAUGACAAAUCACUCGCAAAGGUUAAGGAAAUAUUUCAAGCCAAUAACGUAGCACUAAAUGAGAAGAAAUGCGCAUUUCGAGUACAGAAAUUGAAAUUUCUAGGCCACAUCCUCUCGGACAAGGGGAUCGAAGUUGACCCCGAGAAAGUGAAGGUGAUUACAUCAUUCAGAGCGCCCAAAAAUAAAGAAGAGGUACGCAGCUUUCUCGGCUUAGUAACAUAUAUUGGCAAAUUUGUAUCUGAUCUGGCGGAUAACACAGAGCCUCUGAGAAAAUUACUGAAAAGCCAUGAAACGUUCUGUUGGGGCCAACCACAGGAAGAAGCAUUCCAGAAUCUCAAAGUUAAGAUUUCGGCAGUUCCAAUGCUGUCAUACUUUAACCUGCAGGAUAAAACGUGUUUGAUCGCAGAUGCCAGCCCAGUGGCCUUGGGAGCAGUGUUGGUGCAAUUUGAUAAAUCGAAUACUGCACGCAUAAUAUCGUUUGCCAGCAAGAGUUUGUCAUCGGUGGAAAGAAAAUAUUCACAAACGGAAAAAGAAAGCCUGGCAUUGGUGUGGGCUGUGGAGAAAUUUUAUUAUUAUUUAGCGGGACUACAGUUUGACCUUAUAACUGACCACAAGCCACUGGAAACGAUCUUUAAACCAACUUCGCGACCUCCGGCCAGGAUUGAAAGGUGGUUGUUGCGAUUACAAUCUUACCGGUUCCGCGUAGUAUAUAAGGCAGGAAAGGAAAAUAUUGCCGACUCACUAUCAAGACUUUGCGAAGUAACCGAUACCGACCCUUACGACUGGGCUGGUGAGGAACACAUAUUUCGCGUGGUGUCAACCUCAGUUCCUAAAUCGCUCUCCAUAUCGAAGGUCACGGAGAUGAGCAUACAGGAUGAGGAAAUAAUAGACGUGAUGACAUGCCUUGGCCAGGAUUCAUGGAACUCAAAUAUGUCUAGCCCGUACUAUCCAUUUCGUUUGGAACUCUCGAUUGUGGGAAAUAUCCUAUUGCGAGGCACAAGACUAGUAAUUCCCCAGAAGUUACGUGAACCAGUACUGGACCUCGCCCAUGAAGGGCAUCCCGGGAUAAGCGCCAUGAAACGGAGGCUUCGUUCCAAAGUUUGGUGGCCGUGUAUGGACAAAGACGCAGAACAGUAUGUUAAGGAGUGCCGCGAUUGCCUUUUGGUAUCAAUGCCAUCGCAUCCGGCCCCAAUGAAAAGGCAUCCGUUCCCGAAUGGACCCUGGAGAUGCUUAGCUACCGAUCUUUUGGGCCCUUUACCAAAUGGUGAGAAUAUACUUGUACUAAUCGACUAUUACUCCCGAUAUAUAGAGUUCAAACUCAUCAAGUCGAUAUCAUCGAAAACCAUUAUUGAGGAGAUGGAAGAGAUCUUUUCCAGAUUGGGGUUCCCGGAGACCUUAACGACUGAUAAUGGGAGGCAAUUUGUCAGCAGCGAGUUUAAGAGUUUUUGUGAAACCAGCGGCAUUCGGCUAAUGCCUACACCGCCAUACUGGCCGCAGGCCAACGGCGAAGUCGAAAACAUGAACAGGUCUCUGGUGAAACGCCUAAAGAUAGCUCAUGCCAAUAACGACAAUUACAAGAAAGAGAUCCAAAAAUUUGUAUUAAUGUAUAACGUCACUCCACACGGGACCACGGGCGCACCACCAACAGAGCUAAUGUUCAACAGGGUGAUAAGGGACAAAAUUCCUGGCAUACAGGAUCUUGUUGGCGAAACGGCUGAUUCAGAAGAGAAAGACAGGGACGUCUGGAAGAAAGAGAAAGGGAGAGAGUUAGCAGACAGCGCUAGGAAAGCGGGAGCGAUCGAUAUAAAAGUGGGUGACAAAGUUCUCCUUAAAAACGUGGUAUUCCCGCAUAAGCUGACGCCAACAUUCGAUACGACCACAUAUGAAGUAACUAACCGAGAGGGAAAUGUUGUUCAAAUUUCUGGUGGUGGCAAGUCGUACACCAGGAAUUCGGUUGCCGAAACUCUGACGCCACAGGAAACUCCGGCAACAAAGGACCACCAUGACCCGAAGGACAACCUGAAGCUCCGUCUAGAGAAAAAAGAAGGGGUGUGGAGAUCUGUAUCGGCAGCGGAGAGCGAUGGCAGAGAUGAGAGCGACGCGCUCUCUCACAAGAAGUAG